CUCAUCUCGUAUUGGUUCAGGAUGUGGUUAAAGCAUCUCAACUCGUAUCACUAUUUAUGCCACUGGUGUACAGGCACAAAACUUUAUUGAGUGACCCAGGUUCAUGGCAGCAGCAUCCAAGUGCCAAACAUUUGUGAAAAGUUUCAAAUGGAACAGAUGUUUUCAUCCUACUCCAGCUGUGGCCAACAAUAUUGAAAUUAGCGCAAGCAAAUAGUGCUUACAUACAUAUGUGGGAGUGUGCGCGGGCGUAUGUGUGUGUGUGUGUGCUUAGAGUUAUUUCUGAAGUUGCAUAAUUUAGAUGAACACAAUACGAACUUAAAACUUAUAAAUAUGUAUUACAUAUGUACAUAUGCAACGAUGUACGCUUACAAUUGCAAUUUGGACCUGGAUUGAUGUUGACCGUUGGUUUAGUUUGUUUGUUGCUGCAGCCAUGGAAACGUGUCGCACUUGUGCAAAGUGCGAUUUCGAAAAUGGCAACAACAACUAUUGGCUGGACUUGUUCCAUCCAACCCGUUGGCAGAGUGAAAUGGCCCAAAUUCGCAUGGAGUUUGUUAACUGGAAGUUACAGAUCUCACCUAACGAUGGACUGCCACAGAAAAUAUGUAGCGAUUGCUUUACGAAAUUCUGCUCUAUUUACACGUUUCGAAUGGCUUGCCAGGAUGCACAAUUAAAGUUGUCGAAUAUUUUUGAUAAAAUCGAUGCCAACUUAAUGUAUGACAAAACAGAAGAUGACCAAGUUAAUAAUGAUGAUGAUGAUAAGAGAACAGAAGCGAUAACAGAGACAACAACAACACAAAACACUGCCAUUAUUGAGGCCAAAUCGCCAACGCCCAUAGAAAUCUAUGUAGAGACGAUAAAUAUCAACGAAACACAAACACUGCAAUUAGAUAAGGGAGAAGAAGAUUUUUCUACAGAUUUUAACUCCUUAAACAUCAGCUAUGCUUGUAAAUUUUGCUACAAGCCACAAGAGAGCUAUGAACUGCAGCAUAUGCUUUUAGAGCACAUCAGUAGCGCCCAUGAUCCGGAUCAGCCAUAUAACUGUCCAGAAUGCACGGAAUGCUUCCAAGAUGCCGCAUCUCGUACCGUGCAUAUGAAGAACUUCCAUGUCGUUAAGCAUUACGCCUGCGAGGUUUGCGGCAAAAAGUACGGAGAUCGUCAUAAUUUACGACAUCAUGUUGAGAAAUAUCACUCGGAAACGGAUUUCGAAUGCAGCCUGUGUGAGAAGCGUUUCUUUACCCGCAAAAGUUUACACUACCACAUGAAUUGGCACAAACCGGAGCGUCAGUUGAGAUGUAGACACAGCGGUUGCGACAGAUUGUUUAUCAAUCAACGACAUCUCAAGUGUCAUGAAGCGACUCACACCACGGGAUCCCGAAAGAGUGAAUACUGCGGUUUUUGUGGCAAAGCUUUCAUUCAUGUUAAAACCUUACGAUGGCAUAUCUAUCGACAACAUGGCGGAGAGAAGCCUUUUAAAUGUGCCAUUUGCACUGAGGUUUUUGCAUCGUAUGCUGAGAAACGAAUCCAUAUGCUUGAGUUGCAUACGGAAAAUCUCACACAUCAGGAACGUAGCGAGUGCAUGUUCCAGUCCUGCCGCCAGGAGUUUGAUAGCGAACAGGACCUCAUCCAGCACAUGAGCGCUGAACAUCUACAGCGCGAACCAGCUGCUCCAAUCAUUGCCAACAAUAAGCGCGUCCUCCAACGGAAGAGGGAGCGACAAUAUACAGGACUUUUCCAGUGCGGUAGUUGCCCCCAACGCUUUAAUAUGAAGUCAGCCCUGGAACGUCACAUGGCAGUGCAUUCGACUGAUCGAUUACACGCCUGUACCCAUUGUUCCAAGCGCUAUAAGCGUGCCCAGGACUUGAAGUGGCAUAUGAAGACACAUGCCAAUGAGAAACCCAAUGUUUGUGAUGUUUGUGGCAAAGCAUUUGCCCUCAAAUAUGUGCUAACGCAGCAUAAGCGGAGUCAUGAGGUUCUUGAGAAGAACUUUAAGUGUGAUACUUGUGGGCGUGCCUAUCUAUUUGAGAAGUCGCUUCGUCUACAUCAACGUGUCCACACAGGCAAUACUUACUACAAAUGCGAUUUGUGUCAGGAACGAUUUGUGACUCACAUCAAGUUUAAAACUCACAUGAAGAAGGCACAUGAUACAAACCAGUCUCAUACUAAGGAUGCGCUGGACGAUUUGAUCAACAUUGUGAUUUCCUAAUUGUACCAAUGAAAUACUCCAAGUGGAACAGAAAUGUAGAAUAGUAUCAACACUAUUUAACUAACAGUUGGCUACGCUUUCAAAAAGCCAAGCUCAUAAUAGAAUUUUAUAUAAUUAUAUUAUACUUCCUAUGAACUACAAUAGACCAUACCCUCCAUUUAUCAUUAUCAUGAGACUAACCUUCAUUGCCUGUACAUACAUACAACAUGUAUGUAUUUAAAUAAUUAGAUACAUAUACAGAUCAUACACAGGGUCAAGUCAAGGCUCAUGUCAAGUAAUGCUGAAAGCUUUAUACUCUGUAGGCCGAAAACAUAUUACUCAUAUAUUUUACUUAGAAACGCUUUCCUCUCACAACACUCUACAUUAGAUUAUAGCUCUCAGAUUAAUACCCCUAAUACUUUAGUAUUUCAUUAUCCAUCCAAAUCAUAAUUCAAAUACAUAAAUUUAUACAUGCAUAUUUCUAUUUAUUACUCGUAAAAUGAGUAGUGUACUAUUGGUGACCAUUUAAGUGAUAAGAAA